UCCAAUAGCAUCGAAUAUGCUAUCUCGCUGGUCAAGUUGUCCCUUCUCGCGAGAACUGAAGAUUCGACUAUUUUGCGCUACGCCUUCCUGUCGUCUGCACCAGUGGACAAAGAUUUGGGCAGAAUGCUCGCCGUAUCAACCAGCGCAUCAGAGAUUUCCGUUACGACUUUCCACUUAACACAGCAAGCCAAUUUGCCGAGUCUGUCGAAUUUGAGAUGGGUUCAAUACGACGCAACCGAUGAGGGGUACCCAGACGCUGUGAUGAAGGCGGUCGCUCCGGACUACAGCAUGGACCAGGAAUCGAAGUCUUCGGUAUACAAGAUGAUGGGAACACUGUUUUUCUGGGACGAAGGAUGCGAAUGGUGUCGGAAUGUUCAAACGCAGAGGGUUCAAGUGGCCUUCAACACGCACCUGGUCAGAGGCGAGGCUAGUGGAAAAAUCUCUAUCGGCCCUUCGCCGAUUGCAUGGUCGGACUUUGACAAGGAUGAGCAACAUUUGGUUCUUCUGAAGACGGAGACAAAGGAGAUGUUUGACAAAGAGACGCCGCUCGUGGUCAGGGCAAAAGCGCCGCUGUCGAGGGCCAGGAUGCUGGCCCAAAUAAGUUGGUCCUUGGACACGGAAGUGGGGCAGGCGGAUAGAACCAUCCACGCCCAGGUGGCACUGCAGGAUAUCCUUGACGCGAAACCCGAAAGGGAAUUCGAAGAGAUUCACCUUGCGCAAUUCAUCAUCCAUGUGAUGUAUGACUGCCCUAGCAUCAACCUUGACCGUCUUCGUGAUUGCUUCGUGUCCAGAGAGUCGGCAUUCGCUGAGGCUAUUCGCCGGCUUCAUGUUCUUGGGUACAUCUACUACGACGAGGACGGAGUCAGUGUGCAUCUCAAUGUGGAACAGGCAGGGAAGACGCUUUAAGUCAUUGAUGGCGUGGGGAAUGAAUUGUCAGUGGCCUGCUUUCUGGCCUGCAUUACACCGGAUACGCCCGUCACGGUGCGGUCCGCAAUGAAUGAUUGACAUUGCGACCAUUGCGCUC